AUGUGGCCAGAGAAUCGAAGCGUGCUCGCGCUUGUGAGGACCUACAGAGGCUUCACCACCUUCGACGACGAGAGUGAAGUUCUGCGCAUAAAGGAGCGCUUCGACGCCUACUGUCGGAAAGAUGGCGUCCACCCGGAUGGCGCGAGGUUCUUCACCCUUCCUUGGCAUCGCGAUUGGUUCGCACCUCGGGCCAAGGACCUCAUGUGGCUGGUCCAGACACCAGAGGAAGAGUACGACCUUUUCGAGCAGGUGUACAAGGUCUUCAGAGGCGAGGUCCCGACGUUUCUGCGGGAGAGCCUGCCGAAGCAGAACCUGAGGCCCUACAUCUACAUCAGUUUCCAGAUCCAGACACAUGAGGUGGAAAGCCGGUACGAAAACAAGCAGGUGGAACAAGGAAUUCCUCUGCAGUUCAAGGUCGAUAUUGUGAAUUUCGUCCUUCCGAAGAUGGCAGAAGCCGUGCAGUCUGUGACGAAGCUGGAGAGGUUCCUGAUGGUGGUGGCUGACUGGAGUGGGCGAAGCUUCAAUCAUAAAGCCUGGAUGCUCUCCAUGCGCUUAUCUUGUCCGGAUGUGAACUGCGGAAACAUCAGAGGGGCAUUCAAGAUCUGGCGGGAGACGGUGAGACGCCUGGAAGCUGCUGCUCAACCCUGCUGGCGCGCCGCUCUUGCACAAGGCUGGGAAGAGGCGUUGCCUCGGUGCGUCUACGACCCUUUCUAUCCGCACCAUCCGCUGAUGUACUGCGACUGGGCGGGAAGUCGUUGCCCUGAGCAGCGUCCCAUUCAGCCCUUUGCGGCCUUCAACGUCCGAGUCAGGCAAAGCCCGGCCGAUGCCACCCUGAGGACAGAUAUCGACUCGGUCGAUGAUCUGGUAAGAGACCUCACAGGCGCAGACUGGAUUCGCCUUGGCUGCUUGGCCUAUGCCAAGACUCCAGAGGACGUCAACGGCUCACCUGCAACGGAGGCGGAGCCAUCAGCUGGGUAUGCUCCGAAAACCGAAAGAAAGACCACAGCUGUCGCUGGGGACCUCUGGGCCGAGAGUCGCGCUGACAACGGGGCCGUCUUUUACUACAACGUAGAAGAAUUCCGCCGGUUCCGAAACGGCGAAAUCUCAGAGGCACCGCCGUCGGUGUGGGAACUGCCUCCUGGAGCCCGUUUACAGCGGGAGUCCGAGGACUUCUGA